UGCCGAUAAGCUUCACGUGAUCAUUAAUCCCUCAUCGACUGUAGUCAAGCUUCAAAAUGGCGGACGUGCAACAAGAAGAAGCAGCUGGAACCGACAGGACGGUACCUACGCUAGAUGAUGACAAACAACCACAAGAAGGCGAAUUUGAGGGAGCAACCCUUCAUAUUGAAAGCGAAACACAUAAUGUUCAAGGAGUACCUGAGGUCGAGAUUGUCGAACCUAGGCUGUCAAGAAAUCGACCAGGAAGCGUCAUCGGUCGUCAAAGCAUUCGGAGCACCACUAGCCGCACGUCAAUGAAACCAGGAGUUGUGAAGAAUGAUGCAUCAGCUAACUCGUUUUUCAGCUACAAGGAAAACUCUUUCCAGACUGCUGUCGACAAGAUCAGUACCAUUAUCAAGCCAGAGUUGGAUGGAGAACUUCUAGGUGCAUGGCUUCUGACAGAGAUUGACCACUGGGACUUUGAGAGGGAAAAGAUUAUUCUUCUGACAGCCAACUCCAUGUUUGUGGUAAAGUUCAACUUCAUCACACAAACACUGCACGAGUACCGCCGCAUCAUGCUUCACAUUAUUGAAUCUAUCCAUGCGGGGGACUUUAAAUAUCCCAACUAUUCCAUCAUGCCAGACCGACAGCAUGGUGGUGUUCAGAUUAGGUGGAACCAGAGUGAUGGAUUGUCCUUUGGUCAAAAGUGGAACCCCUGGUGCUCUGACAUACCCUGGAUAACACUGGCUCACCACCCCAUUAUAUACAACCCCAAAGAAAAUGAGACCGCCACAUUCAACGUUGACGAGUUCUUCGAGUCCUUGCUGCAGGCAACUAGUAAAGUCUAUGAAGUACGGAGACCAAAUGAAAAGGUGACUGUUCUUGAAGGCCCCAUUGAGAUUGAGUGCUACGCCAGUCUGCCUUCCAUGGUCUUCAAUCAGAGUGGACUGGGCUUCUUUCGAGAUCGCAAUGGCAUGUGCUUCUAAAAGAUUACUGCAAGGAAGUGUUUAAUGUGACAAGGUGGAUGGACUUGUCCUUUCCCAUGAUUGGGACUUUUGUUCUGUGACAUGGAAAUUUUUGUCAUGUUCAGCUGCCAGUUUGAUUCAAAGAGCAGUCUAUGUUUGAAAUAGUGAGUAGUGCAAUGACUACCAGAUUGAUUUUUGUGGUUGUUGAUUUAUUGAUGCAUUCUAUGAAAAAGAUAUUUUGGAAGUGAUAAUUGUUACGAUGAACUUUUUACAGAAAGUAUUUUUAUGUUUUUAACAAAUUUAUUUAAAUGAGUAUUUAAUUUUUAAGUGGAGUUUAUUGUACCCGUGUUUGCUGAAUUCAUAAAAUGAUUUUGCAUAAUAUUUUGGAUGGUAUAUUGCCAGAAUUUGCAGAAACAAAGAGUACAGUUCAUGUAAUUAGAUAUUCCAUUCACAUACUUUCCUUAAUAGGUUACAUGAGGGAAAGGUGACAUCAACAAAAAUGCACACCCUGCAAUAUAUCUCAAAGUCAAACUCAGUUGUGACAAAAAAAAUUUGGAUGGUUCUCCUAUGAAAGUUUAUUUUCGUCACAUUAUAACUUGUGGAUGUCUUUGAUCUUCAUGUGGUUUUUUUUUUCAUACAUAUUUACAUCACAUGGAUCUCAAGUCACUAUAUAUCAUGUCCUUGUAAGAGUAUCAAAACAUGUUGCCAUACUUACCCGUUUGUGCUUCUGUGCAUUUGCCUACUUGUAAAGUAGAGACGUCACUGCUUGUUGGGCAAAGGGGAGUAAGUUCCAUUGCUAUACAAAACCACAGUAGUAUCCCCUGUUCUACCUAGUUUCAAAACUUUGAGCGCUUAAAGAUAGGCUAGAGCAGUGAUGCCCAACCUUUUCGGCCUGCGGGCCAUAUCCAUUUCGGACAGCCGUGUCGCGGGCCAUAUCCAUUUGGGACAGCCGUGUCGCGGGCCAUAUCCAUUUCGGACAACCGUGUCGCG